UAGACGGGAGAGGGGGCCUCGCGUGGGUCGGCACCGGCGCGUCGGGCGUGGUACUGAUCGGGGACGCUCAUCGGUUCGGCAACGGCUUCGGCUUCGGCCGCCUCGGCUCUGCCUUCGGUUCGUGCCCGUGGGUGUUUCGUGUUUCGAGAGUAGCCUAGCCGUUGGCGUUGGCGCGUGCAUGUUCUCGUAAGCCGGCAACAUUGGAUCUUGUACUCUGCUGCCUCGUGUUGUGAAUUGCGAUCUGUGGAAAUGCGUGAAAUGGGGCCUUCUGAUGCUCAGUGGUCGAAACUACUGCAGCUCAUUGCAGGAGAUAAGGAGCUUCUGCAUACACAGUUCUUAGCUCCAGGUGGAGUCGUCAGAGUACCAGCAAAGUGGGAGGCAAUCGCCAUUGAACUCAACAAAAUUCCAGGUUGUAAGAAGACUGGGGAGAAGUGGCAUGCAGCCUGGAUUGGACUGAGAGGCCGUGCCCGCCAAGCACUACGUUUAAAAAACGCAUAUCGCCAAAGGACUGGUGGGGGCCCAUCAGCAAAUGUAGCUGGUCUGAAAUUGUCAGAGCUUCACCAGAAGGUUAUCAAUUUAAACGGAACAACGGCUGCUUUGGGAACAGGGUGUCCGAAUCCUCUGCAGAUUCAGCUAAAUCUUGCACGGGACCGUGCUGCUGCACCUGAAGAUGCAGUGAAUGCAGCUGCACCCCUCGUGUUGCCUGCACCUCAAGAUGCAGUGAAUGCAGCUGCACCCCUUGUGUUGCCUGCACCUCAAGAUGCAGUGAAUGCAGCUGCACCCCACGUGUUGCCUGCACCCCUUGUGUUACCUGCACCUCAAGAGGCAGUGAAUGCAGCUGCACCCCUCGUGUUGCCUGUUGCUGUUGAAUUUGAUGCACCCCUGGAGUUUCUUGUGGAUGGCAAUGAUGUUGGGCAUUGGUCGCCCCUUAAUGAUGACCAGUGGAUUGGAGCGUCCCUGUUUGUGAAAGAGGAGGAAAAGGAGGACCUACUUGGUGCUGCAGCUCUGCCGCGUUUGAAGCAGGAGGUGAAAGGAGAGGCCAGUGAAAUAAUAUAUCUCACAGAUUCUGAUGAUGACUCCAAGCAGCAGACUUAUGCCGCAGUGAAACAAGAGGACAGUGAUGAUGUUGUCACCUUAAGUGAUAGUCCUUAUCAACUGAUGUAUCAGACUCCUCUCAGAGGAUCUGGACUACCACUGGCAGCUAAACGCAGGCUGCUUAAAAAGAAUGCUGUAGUCUCCCCAAUGCAGUAUGAGGCUCAGCCUGGGCCUGAUGCUGAUACGGAUCAUGUAAAGGCUCUUAUCCGAGCCAACACUCUUGUUAUGAAGGAAGUCAUUGGUUUUGUACGUAAUCUAAAGAUGACUCGUUAAAAAGGUUUGCAGUUUGCAAUUUUUUUUUCUAUCAGCACACACUUAUAGAGAUGACAUCUACAAGUGCAGCUGCUGAUGGGUUUUGUGUUCUUAUACAACUUAUUGAUGUAAGGUUGUCAUACUUUAUUUUUUAUUGACCUUAGAAACAGUUACUGUUUAAUCAUUGGACCAAAGGUUUAUUUUUUGUGGCAAUUUUGAAUAAUUUUUGAAUCUUAUUGAGGACUGACUACAUUUACUUAAAAUAUGUUGUUACUAGGUAUAAUGUCAAUCAUUGCAUUGUUUUGACCAUAACUUAAAAAUUGAAAUGUUGUAAUAUGGUUAAUUCCACUCCUGGUGAGAAAAAGUCUAUGAAGAAAUUCCAACUUCAAAACUUUUUUCAUUGGGUAGUUUUGGAGUACUUUUUUCUACUUUUGAGAUUAUCCAUGAAGUAAUGGAGCAAUAAACUGUCAAGGAAUGCUUUCCUUUAGUUUUCAUGCCUGAUUGAGAUAUAUAUAUGAUUAAGAGAAAAGCAUUCAUGUUACUGUUCAAAUAUUCAGAUAGGUUUAAUCUAUGUGUAUGGUAUUUCAAUGGAUGUAGGACACUGUAUUUGUUGUCAAAUUUCUUUCUUUCUUUUUAAUGUGGCACUCGGCACACAUUUAUACAGCUGAUUAAGUUUAGUGUUAUACAACUUGAUGAUGCUGUUUUGUAACUUUUCAAUCUUGAGAUUUUUGAAGUAAAAGCAUUUAUUUAGUGAAACAAU